UGGAGGGAGGAGCCCAGCAGUGUGUUUGAGAGACAGCUCAAGUGUGCGCAACAGCAGUCUCAGCACAUACAGACAAAUACAUCUUGCAUCAACGAAGAAAAUGUCGUACCAAGGCAAAAAGAACAUCCCCAAAAUCACCAGUGAGAGGCUUCUGAUCAAAGGUGCUCGGAUUGUGAACGAUGAUCAGUCUUUCCAUGCAGACAUAUAUAUGGAGGAUGGGGUCAUCAAGCAAAUUGGAGACAACUUGAUAGUACCAGGAGGGGUAAAGACAGUUGAGGCCAAUGGGAAGAUGGUGAUUCCUGGAGGAAUUGACAUUCACACCCAUUUCCAGAUGCCCUACAGAGGCACGACCACUGUGGAUGAUUUCAACCUGGGCACCAAAGCUGCUCUAGCCGGAGGAACCACUAUGAUUGUGGAUCAUGUGAUCCCGGAGCCUGGCAGCAGUCUGGUGGAAGCGUUUGAACGCUGGCAUGAAUGGGCAGAUGGGAAGGCAUGCUGUGAUUACUCACUGCAUGUGGACAUCACCCUCUGGAACGACAGUGUCAAACAAGAGGUCGAGAGCCUUAUUAAAGAGAAAGGAGUGAACUCUUUCCAGGUCUACAUGGCUUAUAAAGACCUCUAUCAGAUGAGCAACAGUGAGCUUUAUGAGAUCUUCACAUUCCUGGGAGAGCAUGGAGGAAUCGCACAGGUCCACGCAGAAAAUGGAGAAAUAAUUGCUGAGGAGCAGGCUCGUAUGUUGGAGAUGGGCAUCACAGGACCUGAGGGACAUGUUCUCAGCCGCCCAGAGGAGCUGGAGGCGGAGGCAGUGUUUCGAGCUGUCACUAUUGCAAGUCAGACGAACUGUCCACUCUAUGUGACCCGUGUAAUGAGCAAGAGUGCUGCUGACAUAAUCUCACAGGCCAGAAAGAAAGGUAACGUGGUGUUUGGAGAGCCAAUCUCGGCCAGUUUGGGAACAGAUGGGACUCAUUAUUGGAGCAAGAACUGGGCGAAGGCCGCCUCUUUUGUGACUUCACCACCCCUCAGUCCAGACCCAACCACUCCAGACUACCUUAGCACCCUGUUGGCAAGUGGUGAUCUGUCGGUGACAGGAAGUGCUCACUGCACAUUCAGUGUGGCUCAGAAGGCCAUCGGGAAAGACGACUUCACUCAGAUUCCUGAAGGAGUGAACGGAGUGGAGGAGAGGAUGUCCCUCAUCUGGGACAAGGCUGUGGUGACUGGAAAAAUGGAUGAGAACAUGUUUGUAGCUGUGACGAGCACCAACGCUGCAAAGAUCCUGAACCUGUACCCUCGCAAGGGCCGGAUAGCGGUGGGCUCAGACAGUGACCUCGUUAUCUGGGACACGGACGCCAUCCGGACCGUCACUGCAAAAACACAUCACUCUGCGGCGGAGUAUAAUGUGUUUGAGGGCAUGGAGCUGAGAGGAGCGCCCCUGCUGGUCAUCUGCCAGGGGAAGAUCGUUCUGGAAGACGGGAACCUGCACGCGACCUCCGGCACUGGCCGCUUCAUUCCCUGCUCUCCAUUCCCUGACUAUGCUUACAAACGUGUCAAAGCCAGGAAACAGCUGGCUACACUGAAGGCUGUCCCCAGGGGCAUGUACGAUGGCCCUGUAUCUGAAUUUUCCCCCCUAUCAAGGGGAGGCACGCCCUCUGCCUCCACCCGUACCUCACCCACCAAAGUCCCUGUAAGGAACCUCCAUCAGUCUGGGUUCACACUAGCAGGUCCUGAAGAAGCCCCAAUCAGACCAGCUGGAAGACGCAUUGUUGUGCCCCCUGGUGGCCGCUCCAACAUCACUUCCCUUAGUUAAAUAGAAAGAGCAUGUAAAAGAGACCACCAGGAUAAAAGCAAGGAAGGUUAUAAGUCAGGAAAAGAAACAAAAGAUAAGUUAAACACUGAACUCAUGCCUUACCUUUCAUUAAUUAUUCCUACUGAAUGAUUAAAACCAGGUGUCCACCUCUGAUGAAAGCAAAGGACUAAUGAAACAUUAGUGCAUUUAGUGUAGCUGUGUAUUAGUUUAUGUGUUUAGACAAAAUAAAAUAGGAACUUUUGGGGUUUAACUAUUCCUUUAAGGUAAAAAAAGGCUGUUUGAUACUUUGACUUGGAUUAAAUCACUCUCUGUAAUUUCCACCAAUGAACAGGCAUUUACAUUCAGGAGAGGAAGGAUUACUUUUGUGCAUAUCAUGGGGCUUUAUCUGUACUGUGUCAUGAGCUUUAUUUGUGUCCAUCAGAUGUGGAUGUGAUCAUAGUAGUUUACUUUGCUAAAUGAAGUGUUGGGAUGAUGAGUUUUCUGAACCUUAAUAGUUAAAUCAGUGUUAAAAGAAUGCAAUCGUAUUAUUUUCAUUAGUUCAGAACAUUACAGGACAAGAAGUCGAAGGAACGGGUAAACUUCAGUUGAAUAUAUUAUAAUCUAAUACCAAUUAAGGAAAACGGAAAAAACAUUUCACGUGAAAAUAAGUGAUGACAACCCAUAUUUGUGCUGUACAAUAUUGGGAAAAUAUUGAUAUUUGCUUUUCAGUUCUGCUGUUUGACAUAUUUACUGGUGCUGUAUUCCUAAAUCAAACAUUUUUAACAUAAAUCAUAAUCAAAUCAAACAUUUUUGAUACCUAAAUGGCUUAUAGUAUAUUAAGUAGAAGCCCUUUUGAGGAGCAAAAGUUGUUUAACAUCUAUGAGGGCUUUUAAUACAUAUUGUAUUCCCCAGAUAACAAUGACAUUCUGUACAGUGCUUUACAGAAUGAUGUUCAAUAGGCUGUUCAAAUGUUUAUUGUAUUUAUGUGGGUUUGGUUUAUCUUUGUAAAUUUCUUUCUUUUUUUAUAAUUUUUUUUAUUUAGAUCAAAUAAGGUGGAAUAAAAACAAAAAUGGGCAGGUCAAAAUUAAUGUGAUGUGCAAAAUGUGUUCCUAAUAAACAUAAGU